CUCAAAAAAAUUACAAGAAAAAGCAGAGGCUCCAAAUAAAAAACAGAUGGUAUUAAUCUUGCAGUUAAUCCUGCCUUGUGUUUACCCAGCUAAAUAAUGUAUGCUGUAUUGUUAAUUAAUGUGAAUAUCAAAUUAAAGCACUUGGAAACUAAUAUUCUUUCCAUGCAGGUAGGAGGGACUGAAAACAAAUCUAUUUUUAACUCUUGCGUAGCUCUGUAGUCUCUUGUGUAUGCGGAAGUUGUGGGAAAAGGUUGGACUUUCUGGGGAUAUGAGAAGUGGCCCUUUGCGGUGUUCAAUUUUCCUACCAUUCUACGCUGCUACAGAUCUAUGGAAUACCAGCAUGAAGAAAACCAGGAAGUGGAUUACAGUUCCUUCCACAAUCCGUUCCCUGAUGGCAAAUCCAUUUCUCAUGAAUACCAUCCGUCCGAUGUGCUUUUCAGCUGAUCCUACCGACAGCUCCUCAGAACCAUGAAGCGAAGAUCGAAUUAAAAGGUUUAUUUUUGUCCAUGACUGCGCAAUACGCAGGAAGACCGAAUGUAUGUUUUUUCUUAACGCGUCCUUAAAUGGUUCAUACAGGUAUCUAGAUCAUGAUGUGCAGCUCUGGAGACAUAGUGGACUGUCUUCAUGGGGAAGCCCUUCUUUGUAGUCUAAAUGAACAGCGCAUGCAAGGAUCCUUGUGUGAUGUCACUAUUGUUGUUGAAGAUACCAAGUUCAAGGCACACAGAAAUAUCCUUGCGGCUUCCAGUUUGUAUUUCAGAAACCAGUUCCUGAGCCAGAGCAUCUUAAUCCAGGGACAUGUGUUGGAACUUACUGAUUUUAAAGCAGACACAUUUACUGAAAUUCUAAAUUACAUAUACAGUUCCAAGGUUGCAAUAAAGAGAAAAGAAGCGCUGAGCGAUCUUGCAGAUGCUGGGAAGAAACUAGGAAUAACUUUCUUAGAGAAUAUCAAAACUUCCACCCAGAGUUGUAAGAGGUCUUCAUCAUCAUCAGUUCACGCCCAGUCCUCAGAAACUGAAGAAAAUAUGGCAGUCCCAUUGUAUAGAGGACAGAAUACUCUAAAAUCAGAAGGUGUAGAGAAGAAAAGAGAUGACCCAGCUGAGGCUAGUGGGCCAAGGAUCACUAAUGCUUUUUCCAUUCUCGAAACAGAAGUUAGUGUGUUUUCUCCACUUGAUUUGAGAGCUAACUUCAAGAAAUCCAGCGGGACAACAACAGAUGUAAAUUGUAGAGUUGACUGUGAGAAUUCUGCAUGUAAUGAUGGGGAGUCGGUGAACACCCUGGCUGAACACUCUUAUGCAGUGUCUUCUGGAGAUGCAGAUGUAAAAAGGGAUUCUGUAUUUGACCAUGGAAAUAAAAAUGAUCAUUCAAGGGCAGAAGAAAGCACAAUAUCGCAUUCAGUUUCUACCAUUCAAGAAACAAAGCCAGCCAGUAAUCUUCCUCUUCUAGAGCCUCAAUGUUUUACACCACAAACUAAAAUCCAGAGUGGUACCUUGGCAACAAAUGUCAACAGUCCAGCAGUGGGUGAUCAGAUAGCCAAACCCACAGAUUUCUGCAAUAGUAGAGAAAAUGAAGGCCACCUACCGCAGCUUCCUCUGGGUAAUUCACAUGUGGCCCAGCCUUUCCCAGAUCAAGCAAUUUAUGGUUAUUCUAAAAAGCAACAAGAUAUUUACCAUUGCAAAAACUGCAGCAAAGAAUUUGCACACUUAAAAAGAUUACAGCGGCAUGAGCAAAUCUGCUUUAAGGUGGUUCAUACGGAGAAAGAUAUUAGGUUGUCAAGCCGAUUUUCUGGGGACAUAACCGCAGACAAUUUUUGUACGUCUUCGGACCAAAAUAAUCUUUCAAGUAUCACCUCUCCUGGAACUGAUCAUUUUGUAAAAAUAAUAGAUGGCAAGAUAUUUUAUGUGUGUAUUGUUUGCAAGCGUAAUUAUGUAACACUGUCUAGUCUUCGGCGGCAUUCAAAUGUCCAUUCAUGGAGGAAAUCAUACCCUUGUCAUUACUGCAACAAAGUGUUUGCCCUAGCAGAGUACCGUACUAAACAUGAAAUCUGGCACACAGGUGAUAGGAGAUAUCAGUGUAUAUUCUGCCUAGAGACUUUUAUGACUUACUACAUCCUGAAAAACCAUCAGAAAUCAUCUCAUGGAAUUGACCCAAGGCUGGGGGUAGGGAACAAAACUAAUCGAGGGAUAAAACCCAGCAUUUAUCCUUACAAGCUCUAUAGACUUUUGCCUAUGAAAUGUAGAAGAGCACCACUAAGAAACUCUGCGAAUGGUGCAACAGAAAACACAGGAACACAUUUUCAAGGACCAGGCUCAUUUAACGCAACCUCUGUUGUUCAGAAUACACUUAGUUGUCAGCCUUUUGCUUUGGAAACCAGGGACAGUUUUUCUUCUACACUGGAUGCUCCUUCACAGAGUAUUUCAAAGUCAACUACAAACCAGGAUGUCUGGCCAUUUGACAUAUUACACUCUGCUAAUGAUCUGCCUGCUGUGACACACAAUUCGGAAAUAGACUCUGCUCCUAAGGAGAAUGAUAAUAUAGUCAGCCCAUCUUGCAACAUGGAACAUAAUAUGCCUUCCAUUAUCAAUUGUACCACCUCAGCACCUUCUGUGAUCAUGCACAGCAGUAGGGUCUCAUCUGUGAUCAUGCAUGGGAAUUCCAUCGCAGGAACAACAACAACAAAUGGUAUAGGAUGGUACAACGACAGAACCAAUGUUUCUGUAGAAAAAGAGAAUACUUAUCAAGAUAUAAACAAAGUGUUUGUAGAUUCACAACCUACAAGAGAGGAGGAGAAAAUUGAGGAAGACAAAGCUAAAGAAACUCCUCAGGAAAAAAGGGGAGUUUCUGUUUCUUCUUCAAAGAAGAACAAAAGUGUCAUCCAAAAAGGGAACAAAACAGAGACCUAUAUAGCCAAACCAGCGUUACCUGGAACUCUAGUAAACAGUGGUAUUGCUCCUCUAUGCCAGAUCACAGUAAAGAUUGGAAGUGAAGCUCUGGUGAAAAGGCAAAUCUCUGGAUCAUCAUUGUUUUUCAGAAAAAGUGGUAGACCAAAACACUCAGAGGUCAAAGCGAAGAAAGCAACUGUGUUACAUUCUGAUGAGGAGAAGAAAGAAAGGAGCUCCGUUCGACUUCGGAGAACAGAAAGUCUCAAGAUGGAAGAGAUGUAUGAUGACACUAGCGAUCACGAUGUGUCUGACAAGCCAUGGCGCCCAUACUACAAUUACAAGCCCAAGAAGAAGUCUAAGCACCUUAAGAAAUUCAGGAAGCUAAAGAAAAGGAAAAAACACAACAGGUUACAAGCUGUUGAAGAGAAAAUAAGCAAAGCAGACAUCAAGUGCUCAUCCAAGAAUGCAGUUGAAGAAAAUGAGAAUAGUGUUGCAGAAAAUAUACAGACAGUAGACUUUAAAUGUACUGAAACUACAAUAGAAGAAGAAGAAAUGGAAACUGCGGAGGAUUGGCAACUAGCUACCAAGUCUUACUUUUGUGAAUUGUGUCAAAAAUCAUUUCGGAAUCCUUCAACCUUAAAAGUUCACAUGCGCUGUCACACUGGAGAGAAACCUUAUCCGUGUAAAACAUGUGGAAAGUCCUUCUCCUUCCCUGGAAAUGUAACCAAACAUGAACGCAUUCAUCAGAGUGUGAGGAAUUAUACUUGUCAGUAUUGCAGCAAGUCGUUCAUGCUAAAUGAAUCUCUGAAAAAGCAUGAGAGGAUACACACUGGUGAAAAAAUGUACAAUUGUCAAUUCUGUCCUCAACAGUUCCUCUAUCUCUGCACAAAAAAGAAUCACGAACAAAGGCAUCUGGCAGAGCGUAGUGUUAAAGGGUUUGUCUGUAUCCAUUGCUCCAAAGUUUGUAAGACUGCCGCAGCUCUGGGAAUGCACCAAAAGAAACAUUAUCUCAGGAGCAAGAAGCAGAAGGAGCGGAAAGAGUUUCCAGUGAUAGGAAACUGGGGUGUUUUCUCAAAUCCAAACUGCAAAGAUUUAGAAACUACUAAAGACAAGGAGACGAGAGAGAUGUCAGAAAAUUUCCCUUCUUCCUUCCAUGACAAUGAUACUCCGUUGUUAACAUUUAACAGUAAUGUUGCAGAAAUAGUCCCCCAGAAUGUAAGUGCCAUAGGCAUGGUGGAGAAUGUAGACACAGGAGCGGAACUUGAUCACAAUUUUAUGACUCCACCACCACCCCCACUUCCACUUCCUCCAGCUACACUGCAUGAGAGUGUCUUGAUUGAGUUCCCAAAAAGUUGGAAGCACUGGAAAACAAGGCAGUACAGUUUGGAGGAGAGUUUGAAUUCUGAUCAUUCUUCUACAAGAGAGUGUACUAAGACUUUUACUGAAUUAAAAACAAUGACAAAUUUUGAUAAUCCGUUUGUUCCUUAGUGAUGAAACAUUUUCAACCAGCUCAUGUUUCUCAGUUUAAAGAGUAUACAGUAAUAUAUACCCAUUUGCUGCCCCCUAAAGUUGCAAAGGGGUUGCGUAAAAUGAUUGAGAAGUCAAAA